AUGAAAACAAAACAUCAGAAACCAACAGUAAACUAUGGAUUUGGUUAUUUCAGUAUGUUUAUAUUUGCUUUAUCAGUAGCUAUAGGAUUACUAUCGCUAUUUCCGACAUACAUAACAUUCAAUCUUCAGAGACAUCCUGUUAUUCCAUUCCUAUCAUUUUCACCACCAGCCUAUCCAAAUCUCGAAAAUGUUACAAAAGUACUUUUAGAUAAUCAUCUUAAAUAUAUUAAUAUUGGUAAAUCUAGAGGACCGGAAACAGUUGCAUUCAACAGUAAAGGUGAUCUUUAUUUCAGUUCUGAAUCUGGUGAAAUCAGAUACUUGAAAGCUCCUAUUCAAUUCUCAAACGCUCCAGAUUCAUCGAUUGACAACAGUCUACCGUUUAUUCAUACAGGUGGCAGACCUCUUGGAAUUAAAUUCGAUAAGGACGAUAAUCUAUUGAUUGCAGAUCCUGUCAAAGGCUUAUUAAAGUUUGAGAGAGGUACCAACACUCUUACAAUUCUCACUGGUUCAGCUAAUGGAACUAAACUCUUGUUUAUCGACGAUGUCAAACCCGGUGAUGAUGGAAUCAUCUAUUUCAGUGACAGCUUUGGAAUGGCACCGUUUAUUGAUAACACCGGUCAAUGGAACACUGAAGGACCAUCUUUCUUUGUUUGUGCCACCAUGCAAACCAAAGGAAAAUUGCUAUCUUACAAUCCUGUCACUCUGGAAACCAAAGUACUUGUAGACGGUCUCACUUGUGGUAACGGAGUGACACUCGACGAAAAAGGAGAAAGUGUAUUUAUAACAGAGACUUGCAAAUAUAGAGUUAUAAGAUAUUGGAUAAAAGGUCCAAAAGCUGGUAAAUCAGAGGUUUUUGCAGAGAAUCUACCUGGAUAUCCAGAUGGCAUUGAAAUGGCACCAAACAACAGAUUAUAUGUUACUCUAUUCUGUCAAAGAACGAUAUUCGAUCACCUCCAGCCAUAUCCAUUGCUAAAGAGACUUUACCUCUCAAUUCCAUAUCAUUAUGUUCCAAGUCACUCGCUCUCUUCAAUUGCUGUGUUGGAUGCAAAUAAUGGUAGAAUAUUAGAAAUAUUGGAAACUCGUACAAACCACAUGAUAACGCUAACAAGCACAACCAGAAAGGAUAAUAAACUUUAUAUGGGUAAAAUGUUUAAUAAUAACUCUUAUUUUAGUAUUCUAGUAUUUGCUCUUUCAAUAAUAGUUUGUGUGCUGGCUUGGUUUCCAACCUAUCAACUCUAUGGCAAUCAAUACUGGCCCGAUCUAGAAUUUCAAAGAUUUGACUACCUCCCACUUACAAGUCUGGAAAAUGUAACAAAGAAAUUGGAAAAGAAAAUAAAAUAUUUGGACCUAGGUGAAAUACAUGGACCUGAAUCAAUAUCUUUCAAUCGUAAUGGUGAUCUAUAUUUUUCAACUGGAUCAGGUGAGAUUCGAUAUAUGAAAGCUCCAUUCGAUUUUAUCGAUUCAAUCUCUAUUGGCAAACCAAUGAACAGUUAUCAUUAUGUACACACCGGUGGUAGACCGCUUGGAAUUGAUUUCGAUCGCGAUGACAAUUUGUUGAUUGCCGAUUCUGCCAAAGGAUUGUUUAGAGUCGACAAAGAUUCGGGAGAUAUGAUAUUACUAACUGCAACCGUAAACAAUACAAAGUUGAACUUUGUCAACGAUGUAACAUCGAACUUCGAAGAUGGAUUGAUCUAUUUCAGUGACAGCACCAAGCUGGCACCUUUCCUUGACAACUCAGGUGAUUGGAAUACAAAAAUACCUUCUCUCUAUACCUGUGCAACCUCGGCGCAGUUUGGAAAGCUUCUCUCAUACGAUCCCGCGACAAAGCAAACCAAAAUUCUACUCGAAGGCAUUUCCUAUGCAAAUGGAGUUGCACUCGAUGAAAAAGGUGAAAGUCUCUAUUUAGUAGAGACAUGUAGAUAUAGAGUUAUAAAAUAUUGGUUAAAAGGUCCAAACACUGGAAAAUCACAUGUCAUUGUUGAUAAUCUACCUGGAUAUCCAGAUGGUAUCGAUUACUCUGAUGGCAAGCUUUAUAUAUCAAUAUUUUCCAAGAGAACGUAUUAUGAUUACCUUUAUAGAUAUCCAUUGCUAAGAAAGUUGUUUCAUACUAUUCCAAAUAAUGGAGUUCCAUUGGGACCACCUUCUAUCAUUAUUGCCGAUUCUCAUACUGGUGAAAUAAUGGAAUCUUUAGAGACAACAUCAAACCAUUUCAAGACAAUAACAUGUACUUAUGUUCAUGAGAAUAAAUUAUAUUUAGGAAAAAAAUAA